UCAAGUGCUUAGUUAAUUGCGCUUGCGUGAGCACUUAAUUGGCUUGGCUAUUCUCCCAAAAAUGCUGGUUACAGUUCUCGUCUGCGUUGGACUCGCUGCAGCUUCGCAGGCACAGUUGAACAAGACUCACUGCAUUGGAAAAUGUCGAAUUCCGUCCGACAAUCCUCGUGUCGAAGAAGUGAUGCAUUUGAAAAUACUCGAGCACGAACGAUGUGUCCGUGAGCACCACUGUCCGACCAUCGUCCCCGCAAUGUCGCAAACUCCGUGCUCGGACGGUCGAGCUGGAGACUACCCAUGUCACAACGUCGAUCUCCUCUCUUUCGUACCGUUGUCCGAGCUGGGAACUACGGGAGAUGCGAACGAUAUCUGGGGCUGGACCGAUCCGGAAACUGGACGCGAGUAUGCGAUCAUCGCUUUGUACGACGGUACCGCAUUUGUUGACGUGAGCGAGCCGUCGGAACCCCAAGUGUUAGGAAAGUUACCAACACAAACAUAUGGCAGCCUAUGGAGAGAUGUUAAGGUUUUCAAGAACCACGCAUUCAUCGUGAGCGAAGCGAGCAACCACGGUAUGCAAGUCUUCGAUCUCACACAGCUGCGAGAGAUGACAGCGGUGAGCCCAGUCCGCAUACUAUCGAACACAGCAUUUUACGACGAGUUUGGCUCCACACAUAACAUAGUGAGCAACGAAGAGACAGGCUUCAUGUAUGCCGUCGGUACACGCACGUGCAGGGGCGGUCUUCAUAUGGUCGAUGUGAACGAACCGGCUAAUCCAAAGUAUGCCGGCUGUUUCGAUGAAGACGGCUAUGUUCACGACGCCCAAUGCCUUAUCUACCGCGGUCCAGACGAGCGCUACCGCAGUAGAGAGAUUUGCUUCUGUUACAAUGAAGAUACACUCACAAUUGUCGAUGUCAAUGACAAGUCCAACUUGGUCAUGCUGUCGAGGGUUCCGUAUAGCCAGAACUAUUACACACACCAGGGAUGGCUGACUGAAGAUCAGUCUCAUCUUCUUCUGGAUGAUGAGCUGGACGAGCUGUAUGGCUCACAACCGAACACUCGCACUCUAGUCUGGAAUGUCAACCGACUCGAUGAUCCCAUACACAUUAACAGCUUCUACAGUUCUGAGACUGCAAGUGACCAUAAUCUCUACAUCAAGGGUAACCUUGCGUUUCAAUCCAAUUACUGUGCUGGGCUUCGUAUCUUAGACGUUUCGGAGAUCGAGGAAGGAGAAUUGAGAGAGUUGGGCUACUUUGAUGUUGCACCAAGCUGCAACUCUCCGGGAUUCAGUGGCGCUUGGAGCAACUAUCCAUACUUUGAAAGCGGUACCAUCAUUGUGAGCAGCAUCGAAAGAGGUCUCUUUGUACUGAGAUUCAACGAUCCUCGAAAGUAAGGUCACAACAACAAGACAAUGAAACAAUAGGCAUCUGAAUUUUGAAUGCCUAAAGCUUGGUGGAUUGUCAGCAAUGAAGUUUUUGUUUAGUAUGAAAUUUUAUGACACACACUUUCUAUAUUUUACAUUCUACUGUAUGCCAAUGUGACACAUCAAUUAUCCAUUGAA